AUGAAAACCACAGCUGUGUCCGUGUUGACGGCGGCUGUCUUGGGGGCCUCGUCCGCUUUCGCCGGUGUGGCCAGCGAUGUGCGCGCCAGAGCGAGCAAGAUUACUCCCAUCACGGUCAAGGGAAACGUCCCAAUGCCGAGCGACGGCUGGUAUGUUGACUGGGCUAUUCUGUGUUUGUUAGCAUUCUGGCAGGGAGACAAGCGGUUUUAUAUACGUGGAGUUGAUUAUCAACCGGGCGGAGCUUCCAAGCUCAAAGAUCCAAUUGCCGAUGCCGAGGAAUGCAAAAGCGACAUCGCCAAAUUCAAGGAGCUGGGUCUGAACACUAUCCGUAUUUACACUGUCGAUAACAGCCAGAAUCACGACGAGUGCAUGGCAGCUUUGGCGGAUGCUGGCAUCUACCUUGUCCUCGAUGUCAACACCCCCAAGUACUCCAUUAACAGGAAGGAUCCCAAGCCUUCCUACAAUGACGUUUACCUCCAGAACGUAUUUGCGACCGUUGACAUGUUCGCCCGAUACGAUAACACAUUGGCUUUCUUCUCUGGAAACGAAGUCGUCAAUGAUGGCCUUUCAUCGAAUACUGCCCCUUACGUCAAGGCGGUCACUCGCGAUAUGCGCCAAUAUAUUCGUCAGCAGGGCUUGAGAGAAGUCCCUGUCGGUUACUCUGCGGCCGAUGUCGACACCAACCGCUUCCAGAUGGCGCAAUACAUGAACUGCGGCCCCGACGACGAGCGCAGUGACUUCUUUGCUUUCAAUGAUUAUUCAUGGUGUGAUCCAUCCACCUUCGAAAUAUCCGGCUGGAACAAGAAGGUCGAGCUAUUCUCGGAUUACGGACUGCCCCUUUUCCUCUCGGAGUUCGGGUGCAAUACCAACACACGCGAAUGGAACGAAGUGAAGGCUCUAUACUCCGAUAAAAUGACCAGCGUCUACUCUGGUGGUCUCGUCUAUGAGUAUUCCCAGGAACCCAAUAACUACGGUUUAGUCAAACUCGAAGACGGCAAGGCUGUGCCUCUCAAAGAUUUCGACACGCUGAAGAAAGCUUUUGCUGCCACCAAGAACCCAGACGGUGAUGGUGGGUACAACAAGACUGGUGGAGCCAACCCAUGUCCUAAGAAGAAUGCUCCCGACUGGGAUGUCGAUGGUGACACCCUUCCCGCCAUCCCUGAGCCGGCUAAGCAAUACAUCAGGAAAGGUGCUGGCAAAGGGCCUGGCUUGGACGGUCCGCUUCGUCCACCUUCUUCUCGCCUCUCUCAGAAUGCCCACAUAUUCUUCAAGGUAGGCGGUGUAAAGGUCCAGUUCGAUUCCAUCAACCUCUUUGCCAGCCAACCAAUGCGGCAGCUGGAUGAACUCAACAGGAAGGGAAGCAGCCCAUUCCAGGUCGAUUAUAUAGGUUACGUUCCAGUCUUUGUCGACAAAGAUAUUGCUUUGGUGUAG